AUGGCCUUCUGGGGCCCCGAACCCUGGGUCCCUGCAUCCUCGCUGACACAGAGGCUGAAGGCCGAGGAGAAGACUCUGGACCUGGAGUUCGAGAUCUUGAGUGUGGGGUUUAAUGAGGCGGGCAGAUACACCCUGCGGCUGUCAGCUGAGAACCCCCUGCAGGCUGGCUCCGGGCUGGGGGUGCAGUUGCGGGUGAACGAUGGGGACCCCCUCCCUGCCUGUUCUGCUGUCACUGAUGUCAUUGAGCAGCAGGAUCCUGGCCAGAGCCUCACCCUCACCAGGAACAAGUUUGUCUUCACUUUGCCCAAAGGGUUCUGCAAGAACGACGGGCAGCACGAUGCGCAGCUGCGGGUGGAGGCCCUGAGGAUGGACGGGGCCUCAGCCGAGCGGGUGGGUGAGGCCACCUUCCCCAUCUACCCGCGCCCAGACCAGCCCCGCACGAACCUGGCGGCGCGGGAGGACGAGGACCUGUACCGCUACCGCGGCAGCCUGGCCCUGCUCCGGGCCAGCGUGGACAGCACGGCCCGCCACUGCGGGGGCCUGGCCUACAGCGUGGCCUUCCAUGCACACCGGGCGCCUGCCUCAAAUAGCCCUUGGAGGGGCAGCCAGCUGCAGCCCGCGUCACCACACCCAGAGCCCCAGCUCCUCAGACCUCAGGAGCCCAUGGGCCCCUCCCAGAACACAGAGCCUGGCAGCAGCCACCUGGCCCCCUCUAAUAAGGAGACCAUCAUGGUCACUCUCUACGGAGCCAUCAACCUACCUGCCUGCAAGGAUGGCUCUGAGCCAUGGCCCUAUGUGGUGGUGAAAACCACAUCCGAGGAAGCAAACAGCCAGAUCUCCAAGGCAGUCACAUCGGUGCCCUCGGGGCCCACUAAAUCCCCCAUCUGGGGGGACACAGUGAAAUUGGAGAUCCAAGCUGAGGACUUGGGGCAAGAAGAUGUGAUCCUCAAGGUAGUGGACAACAAGCAGAAAGAGGAGCUGUUGUCCUACCAAAUCCCUGUCAAGUACCUGCGCAUCUUCCACCCCUACCACUUUGAGCUGGUGAAGCCCAUUCAGUCUAAGAAAACCGGCAAAAUCACUGGCAAGACCCAACUGUUCGCAACAGUUGUUCGGAAGGGCAGCUUCAUCCCUCGCUACAUCGGCUGCAACCACACAGUUCUGGAGGUCUUUCUCCGGGGAGUCAACGAACCUCUGGUCAACAAUCCCGGCCCCAUGGUGGUGAUCGCCCGGGUGGUCCCCAACUACAAGGAGUUUAAGGUCAACCAGGCCAGCCAGGACCCGGCAUUCCUGGGGCUUCCCAUCACCCCAAUCUCCUUCCCUAUCUCAUCAGUGAUGAACUUUGAUGUUCCUCGGGUCAGCCAGAAUGGAUGCCCUCAGCUGUCCAAGCCUGGGGGACCCCCCGAGCUGCCUCUGUGGAAUCAGUCCUUCCUCUUCCAAGGCCGAGACGGAGCCACCAAUUUCUCAGAAGACACAGCCCUGGUGCUGGAGUUCUACCCCUCGACUUCAAUGCAAGGCAGCGAGCCGUGGAAGUUCCACCAGCCCCUGGGCAUCUCCGUGUUGCCGCUGAAGAGUCGCUUAUAUCACAAGAUGCAGUCAGGGAAGGGCCUGAGCGGCCUGCGCGUGGAGCGGCUCCCCAUCACAGACACCAACCUGAAAACCAUAAAUGGUGAGACCCCCACGGUGGAUCUCUCCUUCCAGCUGCUGUCCUCUGAGAGGCCAGAAACCUUCCUGACAUUAAGCAACAGCAAAAUUCUGCCCACUCUGGACCCCAGGAUACUAGAUGAGAAGCUGGGUACCAUCCGCGAGUCCUGGUCCAAGUCCUCGGUGAGCGCUACAGCGGAGCCCAGCACCCCGGGCUCUCAGGGGGCUGAAGAGGUGCCCCUGGUGCCUGAGACACCCCGAGAAACGGAGAUGAACAACUACCGGCGGGCCAUGCAGAAGAUGGCAGAGGACAUCCUAUCUCUGCGUAAACAGGCCAGCAUCCUGGAGGCAGAGAACCGCCUGUUGAGAUGCCAACUGACCCGGCAGGAGGAAGAGGAGGAGCUGGACAAAGCCAAAGAGGCCCCAAAACUGGUGUCCAUGAAGCAGAAACUGCUGCUGAGUGAGCUGGAAACAAAGAAGCUAAAGGACAAGGUGCAGCAUUUACAGAAUGAGCUGAUUCGAAAGAAUGAUCGCGAGAAGGAGCUACUCCUCUUGUAUCAGGCUCAGCAGCCACAGGCUGCACUGCUAAAAAGGUACCAGGAAAGGCUACAAAAGAUGAAGGCUCUGGAGGAGACUGUGUGGCACCAGGAGAAGGUGAUCAAGAAGAUGGAGCAGGUCCUGGAGGACAAGCUGCAGGACAGGAAUGAGCCCCUCCUGAACAGGCCACAGGGAAAGCCCAGGAUGGUCUUCCCCAUGCUCUCAGCCUCAGGCCAUCCGCUGGGUCCUACCGGAGAGAACCUGCCUGUUGACAUUUACUCGGUGCUGCUGGCAGAAAACUCGAGGCUGCGGGCAGAGCUGGAUAAAACCCGCCACCAGUCGGCCCCCAUCAUCCUGCAGCAGCAGGCCCUGCCGGAUCUUCUCACCGGUACUUCAGACAAGUUUAACCUCCUGGCCAAGCUGGAACGAGCCCAGAGCCGGAUCCUUUCCCUGGAAAGCCAGUUAGAGGACUCAGCUCGACGCUGGGGACGAGAGAAGCAGGACUUGGCCACUCGGCUGCAGGAGCAGGAGUACGGCUUCGGGCAUCCCUCCAAUACCAUCCCCGCAGACCUGCCUAGCUCCCUGACCCACUCCAAGGACCACAGGCGACCCUCAAAGCUGGACCCAUUGCCACCCAGCUCAGAGAUUUAUCCCAAUAAACCCUCGGACUCCCAGAAGGAGAUCUCUAAAUCCCAGCAGACCUGAGCACCGGAGCAGGCCUCCCUCCCUGUGUGCUGGGAAGUCUCAUCCCUACCCCUUAAAAAUGUCUUUAUUAAAUUCUGUAGCUCACUGAGCAUUCGCCUCUUUCCUGGAGCAAGGCAGUCUAGGGACCCCACCUUCCUAUUCCCAGACCCCACUCGGGGCCUGGUCCCCUGCUGCAGCCCUGUAGCUCCCUAUCUGUCCCAGGAGACAUGCAGGACUUAGACUUUGGGUAACCGAGGGCCAGGGAGCAUCUGGCACCUGCUUGGGCCAGAAGUUCUGAAACUCAGAGGGGGUGAAAGGGGCAGACACUGGGACCAGUGCCAGGCCAUCCAAAUCAUGCACCAGAGACUGCUGCAGAGCAUGCACAGGUGGGCACGUCCCCCUGGAGCAGGUAGUCGAGGCCUGUGGCAAGGCCAGAGGAGGGCCAGCCCGGGUAGAGGAAGCUUGUGCUGGCCUGUCACCCCCAGGGCCAGUCACCUGCACCAGCCCCUCAGCCACACAGUUCCUCGCCCACCCUGGUCAUACCCAAGAGUCUGGCUAGGCCUUGGCAGGAAGCUCUCCUGACCCCACAGGGACCCCACCAGGGUUCAGCCCAAGCAGAGCCCACCCGGAAGGCCCAGAAGGCCACUUGGCCAGCUCCUCGGUCACUCUGCCUGACGCUCAGUAGCUCCUGGCUCAGUGGCAAGAAGCCUUGUGGGUCAUGGCAAAAAAGGGCUUCAAAUGUGGAUGCCUUGGGGCCCCCAUUCAGGCCCCACAUGGGCUGUGGACCCAGGGUCAGCAGCCACCUUCACAGUUGGAUGUAAAUUAAAACAAUUUACACAGUUCAGUUGUUUAUUGUCUUCAUGGGGUGGGCAAGCAGGGAGAAGAAGUUGGGUGAAAGCGGAGUAUCUCGGCUGAGCUGAGGAAGU